UGACGUUGAUCUAAUGUCAUAAUCUAAUAUGUAUUUAAUAAUACAUAAUAUGUAUUUAAUAAUACGUAUUAUGUAUUUAACGUACUUAAGUGGAGUAUAAACACAUUAAUGAGUGGACUUUUCUGUGUGUUGACAGGAAUAUUGACGACUUUUACGUCACCGGAUGACUCCACUUUCUCUCCAUCCUAUUGGUCAGGAGGCGCCGUAGGCGGGGCUUGCAGGGCAUCUUCUCCCCUGUUGGCCAGGAAGUGUAGUGGGCGGGGCUUGCAGGGUGUCUUUCCCCGCCGCUGCGAUCAUUCAGCAUCAGUGUGAAAGUUGACCCGGGACGAGAUGGAGUUCUACCUGGACCUGCGCUCCCAGCCCUGCAGGUCUUUGUACCUGUUCGCUAAAGCCGCCAACAUCCCCUUUACCUUUAAACUCGUCGACCUGGCGCAAGGGGAGCAGUUCAACGAAGAAUUUGGCAAGCUCAGCCCAAUCCGGAAAGUUCCAGUCCUGAAGGAUGGCGACUUUGUCCUAACUGAGAGCGUGGCCAUCCUGCAGUACCUGGUCGAGAAGCACGCCUCCUCUCUGCCGGACCACUGGUACCCGGUGGACUUGCGCCGGCGAGCGCGGGUUAACGAGUAUCUGUCGUGGCAGCACAUGAACCUGCGAGCGCACGGGUCCAUGGUCUUCCUGCUCAGGACCUUUUACACGGUGGUCAUGGGACAUGAGGUGCCCAAGGACAAGAUGGACAACGCCGUCGCCGAUCUCAACGAGUCCCUGGACCUGCUGGAGCAGAAGUUCCUCCAGGACCGAGCCUUCGUCGCCGGCCAGCAGAUUUCUGUGGCCGACAUCGUGGCGUACGCGGAAAUCCUGCAGCCCGUGGGCAGCGGCCUGGACGUGUUUGCGGGCCGUCCCAAGCUGGUGGCGUGGCGGGAAGGCGUGAAGGCAGAGUUUGGAGCGGAGCUGCUGGACGAAGUGGACCAGGCCAUCAUGGCGACGGGAAGUCUGCCGCAGACGCUGCAGCAGAGCAAAGGCAUGGAAAUGCUCCGACCCAAGUUCUCCAAGAUGUUCUCCUGAGGGGCGUGGCCACACGUCAAAUGACCAUAACUAAUGAAAGGUCAUGUGACGUCUGCACACAACAAUACUCUCAGAAAUAAAACUGACAACAAAAAUCAUUUGAAAAACUUG